AUGCAGCAAUACACAUACGACGACUUUCUGCGUGAUCACUGUACUGCUUUAGAAUCAAUGAAAGUUCCUGAACUGUAUUGGCCAGCAUUGCAUUCGAAAUUACUUGGAAAAGAAUUUGAUGUGCCUCAGCACUUUGAACUUGGUCUUCUCAAUUAUACAGAUCCAGAAUCUGGAGACGUUGUUGAUAAGGAACUUUUUGUUUCUGUUAAAUCCGACGAAAUUCUGUCUUCUGAUUCCGACAGCAUUUUUCUUAUAGACCAUGCCUGGACAUUUGAGCUGGCUGAUGUUCGAAAAACACUUGUUUCUAAUCCAAGUUUGCUUUCAAGGAUGGUUAACCUAAUGUGUCUGAAUGAAAAGGAAAUUAAUGGGAACGAAUCCGCGGCAGUAGAUGAAUUUAUGCGAAAGAUGUGGAAGUUUUGUCACCUCUACCAAAUUUCAAAGCCGUCCGAGGUGGAUGGGGACCACAUUGUAAUCAAAAAGGAUGUUUGGUAUAUUCUUGAUGAAUUCGGAUCCAGCAUCAAGCAAUCAUCUGAACCUAAUGUUCGUGUUGCCUCAUUCAUGUAUGUACCCGAACGACUAUGCUACUCGGUGUUUUGGCCUAUCGUUGAUUUACACAAAGAAGACACUCUUUAUGUUGACUGGCUGUCGGCGGUGACCGAUAGCGACAAAAAAUCUCUCCUCCUUCUUCCGUGGGAGGAUCAGGAUUUCUCAGACCGUUCAUCGGCUCAUAGCUACGUUCUAACGGACGACUUUUUCUCGAGUCACAAAAUUCAGGAAUCACUGCCGGAACCAGGAGCUCCAUUCGUUAGCGUCUGCAGCCUCCCCCUAAAGGUGUACACUGAUAUUAAUCUAGUUGCCGAAACUCUUUCAAGCCCGUCGUAUGAAGUAACGGAAGAACGGAAUGAGGCUGAUAUUCUGUGGCUCUAUUCGCACUUUCGCGAUUACAAGCGACUUUCAAUCGACUCGCCAAGCGUCUUUGUAAAUCAAUUCCCAAAUGAGUCAGUUCUCACGGUAAAGGAUAUGCUAGCCGCCCUGGCGGCCAGCGAACGGGCGAUCGAGAUCAGUGGUCCCGGUGACGCGUUUGACCUUGAGAACGAGGGGUCUCCAAAACAGCCCCUGACCUGUUCCUGGUACCCAGUGACCUUUAAUCUCUUCUACGAGCUCUCGCAAUUUGUUGCCUUUUUCCAACGCCAGGAGGAAGAGGAGCCAUGGAACCUUGGACGCGGAUUGGGGAUCUUCAUAACCGACAACCUUGCUCAAAUACUUCGUUUAACAGACAGUGGCCCUAUGAUUGCAAGUCGGUACAUUUCGGAUCCUGUUCUGUUUUACCGUGAGGACAUUUCUAGCUGGGUUAAGUUUGAUGUGCGCUACGUGGUUCUCUUGAAAUCAGUUCAACCUCUGGAACUGUUCGCCCACAAAGUUUUCUGGUUGCGGUUCGCCAACAAGGCUUUUUCACUGGACAACUUUGAUGACUACGCUAAACACUUUACUGUAAUGAACUAUCGUGAGCACGAUGAACUGAAGCAGGUCCAUCACGAUGAGUUCAUUGAAUCCUUUGAAAAACAGUAUCCAAAUGUGAAAUGGAAGAAUGUUGAGGCAGCAAUUCACCGCACUUUGGUUGACCUCUUCACCGUGGCUUCCGCCUACCCACCUCCAAGGGGCUUGGGCGACUGCAAGCAGUCUCGUGCAAUGUACGCAGUCGACCUAAUGCUGGAGUGGCAGCGACGUCCCGAUGUCGAGAAGGACACUUGCUUCGUCAUGCAGCCUCAGGUCUGCGAGGUUAAUUUCAUCCCUGAUUGCACUCGGGCUUGCAAAUACCACCCCGAAUUCCACAACGAAGUGUUUGACUGCCUCUUCCUUAACAGAGUGUCGGAUAACCUGCAACAGCUGGCUUAA